GUUUAAUUUGAGAAAUAAUGGUAGCAUCAUCUAUGGCUGUGGCAUCAACAAAAUCUACAUUUUUCCACUGCGCGUCAUCUUCUAGAGAAUUUGGAUCCAAUUUCAGUAGUGGGGUUCCCAUAAAGAGUCUUAAUUUUCAGUUAAAAAGCAGAAGAACUAAAGCUAGAAAUGAUAUUUGUUUGGUAGUAUCUGCUACUGGUACAGUAUCUCAGGUUGUCAAAGACAGCAUAUGGUUAUUUGAGCAAGAGCAAGCAUUGGGAUUCAGCAGUGUUUCAACAAACAUCAGAAUGACUGUCAUCAAACUUAAAUCUGGUGAAUUGUGGGUUCAUGCUCCUAUUGCUCCAACCAAAGAGUGUAUUCAGGUAACUCUAAAGCCAACAUCGUCAACUAUCAAUGAUUUUUCAGUAGAUUGGAUUGAGGAUGAUAUUUUCUCAGUAUUUCAAGUAUUGAAAUGACUAGAAAUUAUAGGGGUUGUUUCCCAUCUUUAUUUUUGAUGAAGUUGAUAGGGGUUCUUGUUUACUGAUGGUGUUGAUCUACGAUUGGCUGUAAACAUGCUAUAUUGUUAGAAGUGUUUAAGAUUUGUGCACUAACAGUUGAUAGAUAUUUAGGUUAUCAUGUUAAGUUGGAUCUACUAUAACAUGUAACUUUUCAUAAUAAGCCUAUGUUUAACUUGACAAAUAGAGUAAUCACUCUCCGUAACCAGUUAAAAUGAGUUGAUCAGUG